CUCCUUAGCGCGAGGAGACACACAGACAUUGUUUUUACAUAGUUUGCCAGUCUGGCGUCUCUGUAAAAACUUAUUUCGAAGAACUGUAACGGUAAUUAGGAAUUACCUCUUUCGUCUCCCCGCCAAAACGAUGAUGGGUUUUACUUUAAGUGUGAUUUUGAGUCUCCUGGCAUCUGUUCUUUCGGAGAAAAUUUUGAUUCUGGACGAACCUCUUUCUACAGAAAUAUUAUCUCUUGCCCAUCUUCAUCCUCAAUUCCGACAGAAGAGGUCCACUGAUUCGUUCUCAUUCCCAGAGAAAAUAGAUUUGAAUUUUCCUUUGGGCGAGACCCACGUUAACAUACCUCUAGAGCGGAGAGAGUUUCGGGGAAUACCCAAUAUCAUCAAAGGUUUCAAAAUAGGGAGCACACUUGAUAUCGCAAAGACCCAUGCGAUGUACCAGAACCCCGAAAAGGGUGCAGCAAUCACCAUGAGAUGCCAGGAAUUAUCAUCAGAAUCCUGUGAAAUGUACGGAACGUUUUACCACGAAGGAGGUCUUUACCAGCUUCAGCCAAUUAACGUCGGGAUCUACUCGGACUACGAAGUCAGUCGAAUCAAAGCUAAACAACGACGGUUUUCAAACAUACAAGUAACGCCUGAAAUGAUGUCAAAAAUGGAACGUUCUACAGCAAGAUAUACCGCCAGCCAUAAUAUAAACAAGAGAGCUGUGGCUGAUCCUAGCCCUCCGGCCUAUGUUGCCGAGUUGUAUCUUGCCAUCGACUUUGCUUUAUACUCAAGAUUUUCUAACAUGUUUGGAAGUGCUGCUGAUGCCAAUAUCAUAUUAUAUGCUACUGGAAUAGUGAAUGAGGUCGAUACUCGAACAAGGAAUAUCCGGGUUCAGUUCGUGGAGAACCGACAAGGUCGUCUGAUACAGGACUUCGAUCUAGGAGUUGUGUUGAAUACCCUGGAAGUCUGCACGGAUCCGGCUAGCUGUACGUGGUCUUCUAGUCUGGUAUCGAAUGGAGUCCUAGGAGAGAGCUCGCUACAGGCUUUUUCGACUUUUCUCAGCGGGUUGACUGGAGCUGAUAUUCUAUACGACUUUGCUGUAGGCCUAACAGUGUAUGACACUACUGAUUCGACACAUGCCGGACUUGAUCUCGCUGGUAUAUAUUACACAGAAGGCGAUCUAUGCAUUAACACUGAUCUAUCAUUGGUGGCAAGUAUAACGGAAGUGAACGAAGGUGGCGCCGGCUUCAACAUCGCACAUUUCUUAGGUCGGCACUUUGGCUUGUUAGGUGACGGCGAAGCUGGGGUCACCUGCGCUUUGCAAAAUUUCAUCAUGUCUCCGACAUGGGACCCUUCAUUAGCCAAUGCUGGAACAAUGAGCAACCCGUAUCGAUGGUCACUAUGUUCACUGGGGUCAUUCUACAACAGAAUACAAGGGUAG